UUGCCACGAUUGAAAAAAAAAAAGAAAUCGAUAAGAUACACAAUAUCCAUAUCGAUCGAGUUUACUGCUAACCGCUAACCUCUGUGGAAAAGUAAUUUUAAUCGGUUAAAAGAUACUCUAAGCAUGUAAAUCUCAAAUGAAUAUAAAAUAUUGUUUACAUGGGAGCGACUUAUGAAUUUAAAAUAAGAAUGGAAAUGAAGCAACAGGAAAGACAGAAGAAAUUAUUACGCGAUUGCUGGACAAGUUCAGGGACGUGAGAAAUUUACAUUUAUCUUGAACGAAAAUUGGAAAAGAUAAAGAGACCGAACCGUUUAGGUAUCCUUUGUUUCGCCUUUGUUCUGAAUAUCAGAGAGGAAACUACACUUUGAAAUCGUAUUGACGCGACAUCUGUUCCACGUGCUUCUGUUGCACGCUUCGUCUGGAUCAGGUACACAACACACGUCACACAGCAACGGCAGAUGGAAAAACAAAGCGUCUAUUGUGGCGACAGGCUUUCACCGGAUUCUUCGUGUGUUCGUCUCUUUAUUCAUUGGGGAGAUAGGCGUGCACCGUCUGCGCGGACCGGAAAAAAAAAGGAUGGACAAGAAAAUCGGAAAUUCUGAGGAUGCGUCGGUGACGGAGAGUGACCGACGCGUACAGAAAUAAUACAGCUGGAAACUUGGCCGGCGGUUGUGUCACACCAAGUGUUAAAUUCCGCAUUGUCAUAAGCCUGGAAAGUGAAGUAUACAUAGUACCGUUAUCGCAAGGCCGUGGCGAAUCGUUGUUUCGAUUGAUUCAAGUUGGAAAGGAAAAGAACAAGAGGCAGAGAGGAUACGUAGGCCUAAGGAAAGGAAACGAUAAAGAAGAAGCGAGGAAGGAAGAAAAACGAGGAAAGGGAAGGAAACGGAGUUAAACUCAGAAAAACCGUCUGAUGUCUAAAUCCAAAUAAGAGAAGGUUGCCGUUCUUCUUCCAUCCUUAUAAAGAAGGAACACACGCCCUCUUUGCCGUAUCAAAACAAAGGCCUCGUCUUCUCUUUGUUUGCACAUAUGUCAACCAUGUGUCUUGCAAUGCACGAAGGAAACGAGAGAUGAUUACAGUUAUGAUGUAUUCCUCGGUCAUCGUAAUGAAUAAUACAUUUUAUUCUUGAAGCCUUGAACUGAAUUGUAGCAUUGAUAUUCUUAUUCGUUUCCAUGCAUAUUUACGCAUUGUUUUGGGAGGACAAAAGAAAAUUAUUCUUUAUUUAUAUGCCAGCAACUUGUUCAUUCACGAUUGUGUAUUGGUAUGAACAACCCAGGGAUUAGAAGAACAGAAAAUUGAAUGCAAUUAUGCCUAGGGACCGAGCGUUACAAUUUUUCCUUACGUAUUUUGAAGUAGUUUCGAAGGAAAAGUACAUUUACUAAUUCAACAGGGAAGAGUUUCUAUACCUCCUCGUAUCUUUCGUCGUUCAACAAUGAUUUCAUGCAACACUUGUUUCGAAACUCCCUGCAUAUGCAUAAGGUGUCCCCGAACCGGCGCUGUCUGAACCAGCUCAACAGCUGAUCGGAGUACGAAGCGGCGGUGAACGGGGCCACUAUUGCACCACCACCCCGCGACUGGAAGAAGAAGAAAUUCGAUACGCUAAUCGUUGCUGGUUAACGGCCAGACAAUUCCACGUAGAAGUGAAGAAGAAGCGUUCGCUGCUGCUGCUCGACACUUGAUAAAGGGGAAAGAGACAGACGGCGAGAGGAAGAGAGAGAGAGAGAGAACCGACUAAACUAUUAUCACGACAAGGGCGAAAGUAUCUUUUGCUUGUUUGGACGCGCCAUCAUGGUCAAAACUUUUCAAGCGUACCUGCCCUCGUGUCACCGCACUUACUCGUGCAUUCACUGCCGUGCUCACCUCGCCAACCACGACGAACUCAUCUCUAAGUCCUUCCAGGGCAGUCAAGGUCGUGCCUAUCUCUUUAAUUCCGUGGUGAACGUGGGCUGUGGUCCUGCAGAGGAGCGAGUUCUGUUGACUGGCCUUCAUGCUGUUGCUGAUAUUUACUGCGAAUGUUGCAAGACCACCCUUGGGUGGAAAUACGAGCAUGCGUUCGAGUCGAGUCAGAAGUAUAAAGAGGGCAAGUUUAUCAUUGAGCUUGCUCAUAUGAUCAAGGAAAAUGGAUGGGAAUAAAUGGUCGAGGGGAACAACAAGUAACGCGUUCCCGAUACAAAAACAGCACCACCCAUCGAACAUUUCCUGAUAACGUUUAAUGCCUACAAUGUUGUUCUAAUUGCGAUGUGCGGCUCCCCACCCCUCUGUCGAACCACCAACGAAAGUCUGUGAUUUCAUUUGUGAUUUGUAAUCUUAGUAACUUUUUAUGUUUCGGACAAUUCGAUGCUGUUUUAAGUUCUUUCCGAUCGAUUGGUUAUCGUGCGAACGAUGACACCGGUGAUCCGCGGCAUCGCGGAUCGAUCACACGAAGAAGUAUUGUAAAGAAAUUAUUUUUCAAAGAAAAGCAAAAAGAAAAAAAGAAAAUAAGACGAAACAAGAAGAUAAGUAAAACGAUAUAAAAGAAAUACAAAAAAAAAAAGAAAAAACAAUUAACAAAGAAACGGGUAGAGUAUAAGAAACUAAAAAAAAAAAACAGAAAAAAAAAUGACGAUGUUAAUAAGCGAUGGUGAAUAUGAUGACGAAGGUGCCAUGGUGGAAAUAAAGAUGGAGAAUCGUACUGUUCGAACAAUGGGGUGCCCCCCUAAUUUUAAUUCAUUAUCUUCGUAGACAUUUCCUUCUGGAGGUAUGCCAAUGAUACAUGGUAAAAAUUAACGCGCGGGGCACCCCGAUCGAGAUGAAGUUUUUUAAAUCCGUUAUUGCACCGGAGCAGCGCGAGUGCCACAGACUUUGCUGGAUUGACUGCCUGCCUACCGCGUCUAUCAUUGGAAUUUCACUGCCGAUAUUCCUAAUAUUAAUUAUUAAGAUAGCCGCGUCGCAUGUUAGGCGACGUGGUUGUAGUUUUUAGUAUAGCUUACGAUAUAGCAUACUAAAGCCUAUGUUACAAUAUUAUAGGACCUCAUGGAUAUAGAACAUAAGAAUACGUAAGAGUACCCGAUCUGGUGAGACAGGAAAGGAAGAUACACUUGUAUAUGUCCGUGAGCAUGUUUUGUGCGGGUGGUGUAUGAGUGUAAGAAAGAUGGAGAGAAAGAAAAGGAAAAAAAAAUAAUUGAAGAUUCAUUGUGUCCGUGUGUGUGUAACAUGUUUGAUUUUAUGUUCACCAUGCCUGCCAAACUGUCUGUUUAUCUGCCAGUCGCCGUUACUGUAGGUGAGAAAGAAAGAAAAAAAAUUUAAUAAUACCGUAUUCUAACAUGUUCACGUUUUCGUCGGCUCUGCAGGGUGUGGUAUGACUGAAUCUUUACGUUGUGAAAUCAUUGGACUGCGCCUUCCUAUGCACGCACUACGAAGGUAUACAUACAUUAUAUGUAUUGAAAUGAGGAUAAAAAAACGAAACAAAAGAAGAAAAAAAAAGUAUGGAACAAAUUAAUUGCUCAUUACUUUUUAAUAUCGAUCUCAUUUGUAAAUAUUGAAUAGAGUUCAGUGACAUCACAGAAUCACUACUAUUUGUUAGAGCGAAUUUAACGCGUUCGCUAUCUCGAGACCCGAAUGUACGAUUGAUUUUCAUCGUUCAUUACACGAGAACAAAAUUUUAUCGUUCAUACUAAUUCGUCUAUUAUCAUUUUCUUUUUUUUUUUUUUUCAUUUUCUCACGUUAUACCGACACGUAUAACGCAGCGACAUUCAAGUAUAAUUAAGUUUUUCGAUAGGCUAUCAUAUUUCCGAGACUGCUUGUAUAAAUUAAAAGAACAUUACUAAUA